AUAGAGACAUUUAAAAGUACGACGGUGUCAACCCGCAAUCUCUGCUAGCCAAUGCUCUCACUCACUACUCCAGAACGUCGGAAACUCGGUCUCGGGUCUGAGUUUCUGCUGAAGGAUUUUCCCAGCCCAAGGAUUUCCAAGCUAAAAAGCGUGGUUGGACCAGGCAUUUGGAGACCUACAGAUACAGUCCAAGAUCGACCAACCAUCGCGGAUUUUUGAACGAGAGGUGAAGAGUUUGCGAUUAGGUAGGUGCCUGGGGCCAACGGGGGGCUUGGCAUUAUUCAACAACAAUUCACUGGCUUUGUUUCGGAC